AUGGAUGAUGAUACUUCAGCCAGUCCGGCACAGAGCGCGGCGGAUGUGCAGAUAACGGUGGAGAACGUGGAGUCUGCUCUCUGUCAGCUUUACUAUGACCCAGACAUGGAGCAUAAGAAUGGGGCCCAGAGGUGGCUGACACAGGCCCAGGCCUCUGCACAAGCAUGGCAGUUCUGCUGGGCUCUGCUGGGCCCUGGCAAGCUCCCAGUGAUUCAGUUCUUUGGUGCCAGCACCCUCCACACCAAGAUUUCUCGUCACUGGGGGGACCUGCACACAGACCAGCAGCAGAGCCUGAGGAUGCAGCUUCUCUCCCACAUCUUGCAGUUCUCCACAGGGCCCAAGAUGGUGCUGACCAGGCUGUGUGUAGCUCUGGCCUCCUUGACUCUGAACCUGACACCUCAUUCGUGGCCCCGACCCGUAGCAGACAUCGUGAGGGUGUUCCAACCAGAGAAAGCUGACUCUGAAGGCAGUGAAAUGGCAGGUUCGGCUGCUGUGGGGGCUGAGCAGGACCCUCAUGCCCACUGCCUAGCACUGCUGGAGCUCCUCACUGUCCUGCCAGAGGAGUUCCAGAGUAGCCGGCUGGUGCAGGCCCGUCGUACCCAGCUGAGGGAGGCUCUGGCGGGGGAGUGGGCGGUGGUGUGCCCCUUACUGCGGCAGCUACUACAGGACCAGGACUCUCCGAACCAGGUGAAGGAGAGGGUCCUGCGCUGUCUGUCCAGCUGGGUGGGGCUGAAUGUGCCGCUAGGAGAAAGUCAGGGAUUGGUCCAGGACUGUUUCAUGGCACUGUCAAACUCAGAGCUCUUCGAAACAGCUGUGGAGACAAUAGUGACCGCCAUCUCACAGCCUGACUGCCAGAGGUACACUGAUGCUCUGGUGAACCUAAUGCCCCUGGUGCUUGGUCUUCAUGACCAGCUAAAAGCAGCAGUUCAGGAAGGAGACAUGGAGACCACGCAUGGCAUCUGUCGCAUUGCUGUUGCCCUUGGAGAAACACACUCCAGGAUCUUAUUGGAGCAAGUGGAGCAUUGGCAAGAAUACUUGGCCUUGGUCAAUAUGAUUCUGUUCUGUACUGGCAUCCCAGGACACUACCCUGUCAGCGAGACCACCAGCACUCUUACACUCACAUUCUGGUACACCAUGCAGGAUGACAUCUUGUCAUUUGACGAGGAGAAGCAGGCGAUCUACCUGCAGGUCUAUCGGCCAGUUUACUUCCAGCUGGUGGACGUGUUGCUCCAUAAGUCCCACUACCCCUCCCAGGAAGAGUACGCCUCCUGGUCCUCUGACGACAAGGAGCAGUUCAGAAUAUACAGAGUGGACAUCUCUGACACCCUGAUGUAUGUGUAUGAGAUGCUAGGGGCAGAGCUCCUCAGUAACCUCUACGACCGGCUGGGCAGACUGCUGAUGGACUCAGAGAAGUCUGCUGUGUGGCAGGACACUGAGGCCCUGUUGUUUGGCUUCCAGUCCAUAGCGGAGACCAUCGAUGUGAACUACUCUGACGUUAUCCCUGGACUUAUUGGCCUGAUUCCCAGAAUCAACAUCAGCAAUGUCAUGCUGGCAGACACGGUCAUGUACACAAUAGGGUCCCUGGCUGAGUGGUUGGCUGACCACCCUGUGAUGCUGAGUGGCAUAUUACCCAUGGUGCUCCAGGGCCUCAUGAAGCCAGAGCUCUCUGUGUCCAGCGUGUCCACCCUGAAGAGGAUCUGCCGGGAGUGCCGGCAUGAUCUUGGCCCCCACGUCAGCGACAUCAUGACAGUAUCACAGGAUGCACUGCUUAAAGAAAUCCAUAAGAGCAGCCAGUGCAUGUGGUUGAUGCAGGCUCUGGGUUUCCUCAUGUCCACUCUCCCGGUGGAGGAGAUUCUAGUCAGGCUCCACUCGCUUAUCACCCCUCAUGUCCAAAGGCUGGAAACACUCGCCCACCAAGAGCCCAACCCAGCUAAUAAAUUAUCCAUUAUUCAUAUCCUGGGAAUGCUGUCCAGUCUCUUCACCACUCUGGACAUCAACAGACCAGCAGAUGGCUUGGAGGCUGCAGCUCCUGCCAGACCCACAGCCUCCCAGGCCCCUCACAACCCAGUAGUUGUUGUGUUACAGCAAGUUUUCACACUGAUUCAGGCCAUCCUCAGCAAGUGGCUGGAUGACUCAGAGGUCGUGGAGGCAGUGUGUGGGGUAUUUGAAAAGUCAGUUCGAACCCUCCUACAUGAUUUCGGGCCCAUGGUGGCCCAGCUGAGUGAGAUGCUAGGGCAGAUCUAUAGCGCCUUCCCACAAGCCUCGGCUCUGGACCUCGCACGCCAGAUGGUUCACAUAUUUGCUGGAGAAGACCAGCACAUCUCUUCCAUCAAAGGUCUUGUUGAGAUGUUGACAUCCGCUACUCUCGCCAUCUUUCAGCAAGGCCCAAGGAAUCAUCCUGAUAUUGCAGAAUCAUUUAUGCAGCUUCAUGCUCAGGCCCUUAAAAGGAAGCCUGAUUUGUACCUGUCAGACCAUUUGGAUGUAAAGGCACUGUUUUACUGUGGUGUGCUGUCGCUCAAGUUUCCAGAGACACCCACAGCCAAAUCUGCCAGUAUGUUUUUUAUGGAAAUGUUGCCUCGUGGUAAAGACAUAUCACCGAUUGGUGAGGUGGUGAAUAGGGAUGGGAAGCUCCUGACAGAGACCAUACUGCAGGCUGUUGGAGGGGGGUCACCUCACAGUCUGACAGAGCACUUCUCCGAGGUGCUGCUGAGUCUGAACAGGCACUGUACUGCCCUGCUGGCCCAGUGGCUGCAGGAGACGCUGCACACUCCAGGGUUUCCCUCCGCCAGCGUCUCCCAGGAACAGAAGGACACCUUCAGCCAGCAGCUCCUCAGGGAGCAGACAAACAAGCGGCGUGUUAAGGAGAUUGUGAAGGAGUUCUCUCUGCUGUGUCGAGGCCUCCAGGGGACCGGAUGCUCAGUGGAUUUCUAGGCCAAAGUUCAAACAACCUCGGCUCUCC